AUGACCUCAGAAGCAAAAGUCAUCUUGAUCCCUUGGGACUACGAGUCUGCUGCUCAUCGGGCAGUCCUUUCGAAGCAGCGAGAGGAAUGUUCCUGGCACCAGGAAAAAGUAGAGAAAGAAUGGAGGGAAUUGCAAGCGAAAGGCCACAAGUGCAUUUACUGGAUUGUGAGUCAACUGAGGACUGGAAGCUCUAUUCCAUGCUACACUAGUGUUUUGAUGUAUGGGACACCGUUGCUAAUCAUAAACAAGGUGCUUCUCUCCGAUGACUCACAAACAACCGAAGGAAUGAAGAUACAUCUUCGUUCUAAGGAAAGUCACUUUGAAUCAAACUCUCCGGACGUGAUAUUAACAUUCAUAAUACAGACAAGUGACAAAUUGAGCGACACGGCUCAAUCUAUCAAUGCCGUUCCCCGACGGGCAUCACAUCAAGCAUUCAUUCCCAUUGGACAUAUAUCAAUUGAUUCUUUGAACCCAGAGGCGAAUCACCUUAAUUUGGAUAUUCCAUCAAGCGGGGUCUUUUGGAUCAAGACCUUUUACGUCAGUCACUCUGUGCAGGGCCAAGGUAUUGGCCGGGCCGCCAUGGAUGAGGCGGAGAAGAUGGCAGCUAGAGAGCCGUUGAAUGCCCGAACCUUGAUGCUUGAUACCGUUGAGCGAAAUGAUCAAUUGCGAGAAGAAUUUGCUUUAUUCACUUAUGGAAGUCUGCCAAAGGACCCUAAUCAGGACUGGUAUGCACGACGAGGAUACCAGGUCAUCCGAACAGUACAGAACUAUUACAGGAUUGUGGAUAGAAAUGGAAAGCUCUGGGAUACUAAGACUGUUUUUAUGAAGAAGGACAUUGCUUGA